CUCUCCUAUAAAUCAAAUCGCCUCAACCUCCCUAUUAAAUAUGGUCUUUAUUUUCCCAUACUGAAGAAUGGAAUGGAGGACACAUGAUCAGCAAGGAAAUAAAAGAUUGGGUACGUUGGUCGAGUAGGAGCUGUGAGACUUCCGGAAAAGGAACUUGAGGAAUGGAACAGACGUUCGUCUACACUACAGUACACCCAGACGAUAAGCUGCGCAAUGAUAAACACAAGCUAAUUGAAUGGAAAGGGCUGUUUAUUAACAGUGCCAAUCAUUCCAAAAAAAAAAACAGAAAAUUUGAAUGCAAAGAGCUGAUCAUUGACAUCGAUCAACCGGCACUGGAGGCUUCUCACUGUCCUGAUAACUACUGUAUCUACAAGGUUCCCAAGAGACUUCGCAAGGUCAAUAAUAUUGCCUACACCCCUCGACUGGUUUCUAUCGGCCCCUUUCACCACCGCAGUGAAGUGUUGAAGGACAUGGAUAUACAAAAACUCCUAAUUUUGAAGAAUUUCUGUGUUAAUAAUGAUAUCAAGAGCAUCGAGGUUCUUAAAUCCAUCAUCAGGCCCAAAGAAGAGAAAAUCCGUAGCUGCUAUUCAGAGACCAUUCUACUCAGCAGUGAAGGGUUUCUAAACAUGAUUCUAUUGGAUGCUAUUUUUAUACUUGAGCUCUUCCGCAAGAAAUCUGAAAAAGAUUCUAGAAGCUCAAAGGCUCGAAAAGAAGAUUCAGAAAGCUCAAAGGCUCAUAAAGAAGAUUCUGAAAACUCAAAGGCUCAUGAAAAAGAUUUUGAAAACUCAAAGGCUGAUCAAAUAGAUUAUAUAUUAAGCCGACCGUGGUUGGAAUGCGGCAUACUGCAUGACCUGCUUCUACUUGAGAAUCAGCUCCCUUUCUUUGUUCUCGAGGAUUUAUACCAAAAAGGGGAACCCAGUAAAGAUAAACAGAGUGAUCUUCUUAAGCUCUCUUGUUCCUUUUUUGGUGAUCUUAUCUAUUAUGUAUACGGUUCGAAGCCAAACUCCAAGACGUGUGGUGAUCGUGUAAAGCAGCCUUUCAUCGAUGGUUUGGUAAAAUAUCUUUACCCUGAGGCGCCCCAGAAGAAAGUAGAAAUUAAGCAUCUCACAGAUUUGGUGAGACGUUUUUUCUAUCCACCAAAAACAGAAGGGCAAAAAUUAAACAGGUGUUCCACGUGCUUGAGGAAAAUAAAGCCAAGUUGUUGCUGUUCACCUGGCCAAGAACAAGAAGAAGAAAAUAAAAGAAAUAAUAAACACCUACGUGGUACCGCAACAAAGCUUGACGAGGCAGGGUUGAAAUUCACUAGGCCGGGUUCAAAAACAGAUUUACUUCAAAUACAAUUUCCGGAGAAUGAAUGCUUAGAAACGUUCCCGUGCUUCAAUCUCUCAUGGCUGUUGUCUUGCUUACCCUGCCUGAAAAGCAAUUGCUUGGAACGCCGUGUGCAACGUUGCUUGGAAGUCCCACCCCUUCUGUUAGACGACAAAACCGAAGGUCUUUUCCGAAACCUGAUGGCCUUGGAGCAGUGCCAUUAUCCAUCUGAAACUUACAUCUGCGAUUACAUUGUGCUGUUGGAUGAUCUUAUCACAACUAAAGAAGAUGUAAGGUUUCUUGUUGAAAAGGAGAUCAUCGUUAACGAGUUAGGUUCCAGCGCUGCAGUGACGAAACUGAUUAACAACCUCGCCCUGGAGAUUGAAGAAAGUGGAAACCCUGAUUACGAAACGCUCUGUGAAAAGGUAAAUGAUUACUACAAGAGCCCUUGGAACCGCCUGGUGGGAAUCUUGACUGGAACAUAUUUCUCAGACUUUUUUAAAGGCACUGCGACUGUUGUUGGAAUUAUUAUCCUGGUUCUCACUUUGUGGAAUUUCCAAAGGCUCGUUAGAUUGAGUGCUAGAAAGUACUACAUUUGAAGCAUAUGUGUUACGUAGUGUUUGUUGGAGUGCUGGCUCAUUCAUAGGAUUUUCUAAAUACUUUUAUUCCGAAAGUUUAUGACUGUUAAUUUAGCAUCGAUCAGUGGAGAGAGUCGGUCGGUCUAUCUGUAUUGAUGCAGCAAAUUAAGUUCUAUGCUCUGUACCUGUUAUCAGCAAAUUAAAUAAAGCCAGAUGUUGCUGCACGGCA